AUGCUGGGUGGUGGUGGGACAAUACUCAAUUUCUUCGCCGCUGGCAACUUCAUCGACUCAGACUCAUGGCUACAAACGAUCCGGCCACAUCACGACAAGCUGAACACUCUCCUCAGCAGCACACGGCUCAUGAUCGACAAACUGCCAGGACUCGCUGAGCGGUCUGGGCCAGAAUCGCACCAAGGCCGACUGCUGUUCGCCGUCGCUGUCGAUUGA